GACAUGCAGGGUCCAAAGUCUGCAAAGACGUAUAAUAUGUGGCGAAGUCUCUGCUCUUGCCAUUUGCCAAGAGUCUUGGCAUUGCGCUGGAAAAGUAGAGAAACUCCGCUCGGAAAGUCGCCACUGAGGCACUGAGGGCAGGGCAUGCAGCACAGCGGAGUCUAAAAUUAUUGUCAAGGUCGAGGGCGCUAUAUCAAAUUCUGUUGCUGCCCUAAAAUCCAUUCGAAGCUGCCAUGGAGGGGGACUUCAUGCUCUGGUUCUUAGCUCUCGUCCGUGCAGCAAUCGUCGCAGCUGCAGUGGUUCUCCUUGUCUUCUUAGCGCAAGAGCUUCUGCUGACGCACGAUGGUCCCCAGCUGCGCGCACCGGCCAUCUUCUAUGCAGUGCAGGAUUGGAUAGAGCAGACUCUGCACCAUGUUCAUAGCAAAAGCAGCAGCUGGGUGGACCAAUUCGAUGGUGCGCAGCGGCGACAGAUGGUGGUUGCGUGUGGCGCCUCUGCGCUCACUGGUUUGACUCUAGCCGUGUCUUGGUUCCUGUAUACGAGCCUAAUAAAGCCGUACAUGGUGUAUCGCUUCCUCAAGAAGCAGGGUCUCAAGGGCGUUGCCUUCCGGCCGUUCGUCGGGCAACUUCCGGAGAUGAGGGCGUAUGUCCAGAGAAAGAAGAGGGAUCCAGAGUACGCAGCGCUUGUCUUUCCUCAAGCAAUAGAAGCAGAAGCCAAGUACGGGACGGUUUAUCUGUCUCAAUUGGGGACCAACAUCCGGGUGGUGCUGACGGACCCCUCCGCAAUCAAGGAGGUCCUGGUCACAAAAGCGCGAAGCUUUGAGAAGACGCCAUUCGCGCGGAGGCUGCUGAGUGUGCUGGGAAACGGCCUUGUCUUCUCCGAGGGGGCCACAUGGGAGCGGCAGCGAAAGAUGAUUACUCCUGCCUUCAGUCAUUCAAAGAUAAAGGCGAUGACUGACGUCAUGAUGCGAUGCGCCGACGAGGCCGCGGCGCGCUGGUGUGCGAAGCUCGAGGGCGGCCCCGUCGAGCUCGACAUGCAGCGCGAGUUUGCGAAAUUGACGCUGGACGUCGUCGGACGGGCGGCGUUCGGGUCCGGGGACGCGGUGUCCGACAAAGUGUCCGACGAAGUCUACACGGGCCUGAACCGUCUUGUGGAGGAUAAGGUUGCGAGAAUUUUCAGCGGGGUCGUAUUCAUUCCGGGAUACAGCCUUUUGCCGACGCCCGACAACCGCAGCAUCUGGCGGCGCGAGCGGACGCUGCGCGACAUGGGGCUGCGGCUGAUCCAGGCACGGCGCGCGGAGCGCGAUCGGGGCGCAGGGAAGGAGGACCUGCUGGGGCUGAUGCUGGCGGCGCAGGAUGACCAAGCGGACGGGACGGCCGGCAAGGGCAUGACGGACCAGCAACUGUUGGACGAGUGCAUGACGUUCCUGCUGGCCGGCCACGAGACGACGGCCAUCCUGCUGACGUGGACGAUGUACCUCGUGACGAAGCACCCCGAGUACUGCGGGCGCGCCCGGGACGAGGUUAUCGAGGUGUUGGCGGGGCGGGACGAGCUUCCGUACGAAGAACUGCACAAGCUGCGGCUGCUGCAGUGUAUUCUGUACGAGAGCCUGCGCCUCCUCCCGCCCGUGCCAAUAAUAAGCCGCGUCGCCGUGCAAGACACCGAGGUGGCGGGUUACAAACUGCCACGUGGCACUGAGAUCAGCAUGAUGGCGUAUCCGAUGCAAACGAGGAAAGCGCUGUGGGGCGAAGACGCCAUGACCUUCCGACCAGAGAGAUUUGCCAACGGGAUAACCGCCGCCUCCAAGCACCCAAUGGCGUUCCUACCCUUCUCAGCCGGGCCACGUAAUUGCAUUGGUCAGAACUUUGCGCUGACGGAGGCCAAGCUGAUCCUCGUCAAGAUGCUGCGGACUUUCUCCUUGCGACUGGCGCCCGGAUACCGGCACGCUCCGGUGAUGUAUAUCACAAUGAAGCCCGGACACGGAUUGCCCAUCAUUUUGGAAAAGCUCGAAAAAUCGUUCUGAAACGGUCGGGCCUAGAAAGUCGUUGAGGAUAGAGAGGAAGGUAAAUAUUAGUGCAAAAGGUGUGCGAACAGUCCUUUUCAAAGUGCGGACUUGUACAUAUUGAAGGCAAAACGGACGUAGACUGAUCUUGAGAUCAGAGAUAUAGUCGUGACUGCAAGUCCUGGGACUUUAGAAGCUUUGGUCUUCCAGAAUUUCGAAUGGCAGGGAUCUUGACGAUGGAUUGGACAGGUUAACCAAUCAAAAUGCGUAGCGAACAGCUAACGACUCCUCCUACGCGUCCUUGUCAAUGCAUGUGAGCAGGUGAGGAUCAGCAUUACAGAUUUCACGUGGAGGAUUAUGCGUCUUAAUUUUGAUCGCAGAUUCGGGGUAACGUUUGCAACCAAAGUAUUUGCCGCCAGACUUCAGUUUGAAAGGUUUGCCCUCAAGCUGCGCAGCCCCAUGGCACUCGAUUGCAGCUCAAUCGAUA